GCCAGAUGUCGUGCCCAAGAGAUUGGACCCUGGCGAGCCUCUACGACGCCUCGCACAGCGCCCGGCACGCUCAUUGCUCAAUCGUCCACAUGCAGCCGAACCCCGUAUUCGUGUACAUCGCGGUGCUCUUUGUAGCGAUGACGUCGGCGCUCGAGUGCACGUCGGGAGACUUGGCGACGGUCACGUCCGCCGGCCUCACGUGCAUCAACGCCGCGAGCCUCAACAUUGCCGCUGUGUCGUCCCAAGACCCCGAAGUGCUGGUCAAGAUGUGCCAGCACUCGGAGUGCAAAUCGUUCUUUGCCGCCACACAAGCGUUGACGUGCACGGUGCAGAACCAACCGGCGUCGCUUGCGUCCCUUGCCUGCAGCGGUGCCACGUCAUGGACGCCGACCAUCACACUGGGUGUCGUCGCAUGUCUUGUGCUCCUCGUCGUGCAGCUAUAAUGCAAUGCAAUCUAUUCUUCCAUG